AUGACUACUGAUCAUAGGAGAUUAACAAGAAACGGUUCGUUAGUCCGUACAGUAGGAACAGGUGUCGUAUUAGCCAUUGGUGCAGGUAUCGCUUGUUGGUAUUGGUGGCGUGGUCCAAAUGCCUCUCAAGAGACCAAUCGACUCCAACAGAAGGAAGAAGAAGAGCACAGAAAGGAAAGGGAAAAAGAACCGUCUAGGUGCGUUAUUGUUACGAAGACUUUGAGUGAGAUGAAAGACUUUGAUUGGCAAAAAUUCUUAAAAGACGAUAUUGUAUUUAUAGUGGUACCUGGGGAAACAUUCCUAGAUCCGUCACAAGGUUUUGAAAUAGAUCCAAAAGUGGGCUAUAAGAUCAUACGUUGUGAUACUAUUUUAGGAGUUUGGUCUUGCGUUAAAAGUCUAAAAAAGGAUAGUCUAAUUGUAAUAGGUGAUGAGGUGGAAGGUGGGAUUCCCGAUGACAUCUCAAACUUUACCAAAAAUAUAAGAGAUGUAAAGUCGAAAGAAGAGCUCUUGACGAUAUUCCCAAUUCCUUUUUAA